GCAGCCAUGUCCGAGGAGACGCGGGCCGUGCAGGAGGAGAUCGUGGAGAGCCAGGUGAUGUGGCGGCCGGACAGCAAGAAGCGCACGCAGAUGGACCGCUUCCGGGCGGCCGUGGGCGCCGCCUGCGGCCGGGCGCUGGAGAAUUACGAUGACUUGUACCAUUGGUCAGUUGAGUCAUAUUCAGACUUCUGGGCAGAGUUCUGGAAAUUCAGUGGAAUUGUCUUCUCACGAAUGUAUGAUGAGGUCGUGGACACCUCGAAAGGAAUCGCAGACGUCCCCGAGUGGUUCAAAGGCAGUCGUCUCAACUACGCAGAAAACCUCCUGCGGCACAAGGAGAAUGACAAAGUUGCCCUUUAUGUUGCAAGGGAAGGCAAAGAGGAGAUUGUGAAGGUGACUUUUGAAGAGUUGAGGCAGCAGGUGGCCUUGUUUGCUGCAGCAAUGAGGAAGAUGGGUGUGAAGAGAGGGGAUCGGGUCGUCGGUUAUCUGCCCAACAGCGAGCACGCGGUGGAAGCCAUGCUGGCCGCGGCGAGCAUCGGCGCCAUCUGGAGCUCCACAUCCCCGGACUUCGGUGUGAACGGUGUCCUGGACCGGUUUUCUCAAAUUCAGCCGAAGCUCAUCUUCUCGGUGGAGGCCGUUGUCUAUAAUGGCAAAGAGCACAGCCACGUGGAGAAGCUGCAGCAGGUGGUUAAAGGACUGCCAGACUUGAAAAAAGUGGUGGUGAUUCCUUAUGUCGCCUGCAGAGAGAAGAUUGACAUUUCCAAGAUUCCAAACAGCGUGUUCCUGGAUGACUUCCUUGCCGGCGGCUCUGGCGACCACGCCCCGCAGCUGGAGUUCGAGCAACUGCCCUUCAGCCACCCCCUGUUCAUCAUGUUCUCUUCGGGCACCACGGGCGCGCCCAAGUGCUUGGUGCAUUCUGCCGGGGGCACCCUCAUCCAGCACCUGAAGGAGCACCUGCUUCACGGCGACAUGGCGGGCGGCGACGUGCUCCUGUACUACACCACGGUCGGCUGGAUGAUGUGGAACUGGAUGGUGUCUGCUCUCGCCACGGGCGCGUCCCUGGUCUUGUACGACGGCUCCCCGCUGGUCCCAACGCCCAACGUGCUCUGGGACCUGGUUGACAGGAUAGGCAUCACCAUCCUCGGGACGGGGGCCAAGUGGCUGUCCGUGCUUGAAGAGAGACACAUAAAGCCAGUGGAAACCCACAGUCUGCAGACACUCCGCACGAUCCUGUCCACGGGCUCCCCGCUGAAAGCCCAGAGCUACGAGUACGUCUACAGCUGCAUAAAGGGCAGCGUCCUUCUGGGCUCCAUCUCAGGUGGCACCGACAUCGUGUCCUGCUUCAUGGGCCAGAACUCUUCCGUCCCCGUGUACAAAGGCGAGAUCCAGGCCCGGAACCUGGGCAUGGCGGUGGAAGCGUGGAGCGAGGAAGGAAAGGCAGUCUGGGGGGAGAGCGGCGAGCUGGUGUGUACGAAGCCGAUUCCCUGCCAGCCCACACACUUCUGGAACGACGAGAACGGGAGCAAGUACAGGAAGGCGUAUUUCUCCAAAUUCCCAGGUGUCUGGGCACACGGCGACUACUGCAGGGUCAACCCCAAGACCGGGGGCAUCACCAUGCUUGGCCGCAGCGACGGCACGCUCAACCCCAACGGAGUGCGGUUCGGCAGCUCAGAAAUCUACAACAUCGUGGAAGCCUUCGAGGAGGUGGUGGACAGCCUGUGUGUCCCCCAGCAGAACAAGGACAGGGAGGAGAGGGUGGUCCUCUUCCUGAAGAUGGCCCCCGGGCACGCGUUCCGGCCGGACUUGGUGAGGAGGAUCCGUGACGCCAUCCGCGUGGGCCUGUCUGCGCGGCACGUGCCCAGCCUCAUCCUGGAGACCAAGGACAUCCCGUACACGCUUAACGGCAAGAAGGUGGAAGUGGCCGUGAAGCAGAUCAUUGCCGGGAGAGCCGUGGAACACCGGGGGGCUUUCUCCAACCCCGAGGCCCUGGACCUGUACCGGGACAUCCCCGAGCUGCGGGACUUCUGAUGGCCGGCGUGCUGUGUGGCACACGCGUGUGCGCGGUAACUUCUGUAUGUUCCAGAAAUUACUUAGACACCUACAGCUGUUCUACAGGGACGUUCGCACCACGCGCUCUGCAGGCUUGGGGAAGAAUUGUUUCUCUGUUUUGUGGUUGAAUCUGGGGGUGCCUGGGUCCUCCGCACGCUGGAGCGGGAUUCUGGCUUUCAGAGACCACGAGGAGGUGGCUGGGUCACACGUGUGGUGCCGCGGUGAGAGUGUGUGUGUCUUUGCACUCACGGGAGGGGCACAGGGCGGCUGGUCCUCUGGUGGCAGACACUCCUGAGCGGCCACCUUGCCUUCCACCUGGCGCUCCCGUCGUCCCAUUUCACCCUGGUCAGGUGCGAGUCCGUUUCUUCCCUCUGCGAUGAUCUCCGCUCGCCUGCCUCCCUCAGGGCCGUCCGUCCCCUGCCCGGCUUUGGCUGUUACAAGGGACCCCUGCACGACGUGACACAUCUUUUCCCAGCUGGCUGCUAGGCCCUCGGGCCACCACUCACGCGUUGUCUGUGUCACCGACGGGAUGUGGUUCCCGGGAGGACCGAGCCGUCACGCUCCAGCCAAAGACGCCUCCCAGCCAAGCAGAACCGAGUGGCUUCCACUCUUCAAUACGAUUUAUCGCACGGACGUCGAAUGCUUUUAAAUGUUUUUAAUGUUAAGUGUCUGGUGUGUGUGGGCACGUGACACAGCGGGCAUCCACCUGUGCCCCAGGCUGCGUGUCCGGGCCGUGCACACCACGGGAGGAGUGGCAGUGUGUAUGUACCUUGAGCAUGCGUCAGUAAUCCUGAUGUUCCUUUUUGUAUUUUUUUAAACUGAGCACAGUGAAAUACCUUUUGGAAUCCUUUUUCUUCUGGAUUGUAAAAAUACAGGGGGAAGUGCUAUGAGGAAUUUUAUGCAAUAAAUAAAUGUGUGUAUGUGUGCACCUAUCAGUGCACAUGCAGUGUG